AUAAAAAUUUGGACUCUUUUAUUAUAAAAUUUUCUUGUGACGAAUCAGGACAUACACAAUGAGUAAUAUCUCUCAGCAAAUUAACGAUUACCAAUCUGAAAUCGAUGAUUGGCUUCAUUUAAAAUCAUGUACUAAAAAUACGAAUAUAUUGAAAGCAAUAGACGACAAAAUUACGGGAUUAAGACGACUGAUUGAGAAUUCGGCACCUCAGAAGCGCAUGGAUGACCAUGAAGAUGAGAACGCCGUGAAAUCUAAGAUUUCAAAAAAAGUGACUGACUUGUAUACACCUAUUUCUAAUUUUGCAUGGGAUCAAACGCAAAACGUAGUAAAAAUCUAUGUGACGAUUGCGCAAUUAAAAGAAUUGAAUUCCAAUAUGGUCAAAGUUCAGUUCACCAAUAACUCUAUGUCUUUAACUGUAACAUCUCAUGAUCGCAGCUGCCCUUCUCAACGUCUCAACAUUUCUAAAUUUUUCAAACCUAUUUUACCUGACAAAUGCAAAUAUCGUCUUCGUGACAAUAUGAUAACUAUCACCUUAACGAAAUUGGAACCGACAUCAUGGGACGAUGUAAAAUAUAAGGAACCUCAAAAACCGUCUAAAUUAGGAAAUGAUAUGGGAGAAAGUACUGGUGACCCUGGACAAUCUCUUAUGAAAUUGAUGAAAAAUCUUUAUGAAGAAGGAGAUGAUCAAAUGAAACGUACAAUUGCAAAGGCUUGGACUGAAUCCCAAUCCAAACAAGGCGGUAUGAAUAAUUUUGGUUUACCUUGAAAUUUUUAUUUAACACUCAUAAACGACAAUUAUUACAAAUCACAUAAACAUAUUAUGAGUAAGAUAUUUUACUUAGACUAAAAAACCGACUUGGCUGUUAAAAUAUAUCGACUCCAAAUUUAAUCUUUCAAAUAAAACAUUCAAAUUUCUAUAAUAAUUUCUUUUUAACGACAUUUUUUUUUUUGGAAUGGUUAUUGCAAAAAAUUACAAUUUUUUUUUUUGGUAAAACACUUUUUAAUUGUUAAAAAAUAA